CUACCACCAAGCACCUUGCGAUCAUCGGGUCAACAUAUGCUACUGUUGAGGGAGCACAAGUCACACCUACUGCGCUUUUGUCUGCUUCUUCGUCGGUUUCCAUUCCAUAGUAUCGCCACUCACUCCUUCCAUCUUUCACGACGAGCAUGCGAGCUGCAACAGCGUUGAUGCGGGGCGCUGGCGUCACCACUCACCAGAGCUUGUCUUUUGCCAGGCUGAGCAGGGCAGCUGCCACCACAAGUGCUCGCCAGCAGGCUGCAAUAGCGACUUUUGGACCGCGCGUCCAGACCAGCAUCACCGCGAUCCGUACUUCACCGGCGGUCCACCAAGCUCGUUUCGCAUCGGUUGCUCCCAGCAUUGCGGGCCAAUCUUCACGCACAAGCUCAGCAGGUCCUCCACCACCUUCUCUUGAAUCUUCACUCGACCGUCUCUUGCCAGCAGAAGUUUUCGAAAGUGAUGCCAAGGUCAAAGCGCCGAUGACGAGAGAUGUGGCCAGAAGCAUAGUGGGUCGCGUGCUGGAGCAGCUGCGAGCCGCUUCCGAUACAAAGACCAUGGAGGAUGCUAAAGGAUUGGAAGUGACCACUGAAGCUGGCGUGAAUGCGGACCUCGCGGCAGCUUCUCUCAGCCGGGAAGACCUGCAUAACUUGGCCACCUUCCUGCUCAAGGCAAGCAAAGAUGUUCGUCGUCAGCCGAUCGCCUUUCGAAUCUUUGCGAUUGCCUACGGCUCGGAUCCCAUGGACACUCCCGAUCCCACAUCUGCACCAGAUGUUGCGCUGGGUCAACCUCUGGCCAGCGACCCUUCCAAGGUCGUCGCUGCAGGUUACUCGUGGGCUUCGUUGGUCCUCCAAGGCGCUGCGCCCCCUCCUCUGGGCUUUCAUCUCGCCACUACACCAGACAGCCGAACGGAGCUGAAACAAGCUCAGCAAGCCGCUGCUGUGAGGAUGUAUGCGACCUUGUCCAUGCAAGGUGAUGCGAUGGGAAUGCUGGGUAUGUCUAGAUUGUUGCUGCAAACCGCUGCAAAUCUGAAGGCGGAUGGUGAAGGGGGAGGAGAAGAGAGAAGAAAGGCGGUUGAGAGAGCUAUCACUCUUUUGCAAGCUUCUUCGAAGAAGGGAAUUUCCGAGGCUUACUACGAGCUUGGUGUGCUGCAUUUGAGCGGAGAGCUCAUGCCUGCGAACCAAAGCAAAGCUUUUGAGCUGUUCGAGUUGGCAGCUGCUGAUGGCAACGCAAGAGCACACCAUGCCCUCGGCGUCCUUCUCUCCCGCACGGCACUGGAUCUGAGCACUCCGCCCUCGGUGCGCCAGUCCGAUCUAACGCGGUCCUACCAUCACUUCACCUCGGCAGCAGAGCAAGGAGACGCCCAAUCGGCGCACAAUCUCGGUCUGCGUUAUCUGCUGAGGGAAGAGAUGGUGAGAGAUUCGGCGCCUGAGGACCAGCCGGAGGUGCCGGAUGGACCGGAGGGAGAAGAAAUCCUCAAUAACCUGGCGCAGGACAUUCUCAAGAAGGCCAGUCGAAAACAUCAGGAGUUGUACGGGGUGGAGGCUGACGAUAGAUUGGCUAGGCAAUGGUUCGAGAAAGCUACCGAAUACGGCUCCGUCCCAGCUUCUCUGAAUUUGGCUGGUCUAUUGGUCGAAGCCCGAGGAGCUCCCGAGAGCCUCGCCAGCAGCGCCAAUGCGAACCCGACAGAAACGCGCCUCGCAGAGCUCAAACAGGCUUACGCGCUUUAUUCCAGAGUGGCUGCGUUAGGUCAGCAAGCUGCUGCCGCUUCACCCUCCAAUACGACCGGCAAUGCAGGUCAAGCACAAGCUGGUGCAGGAUCGGCACCGGGAGGAGAGUUGCAAGAGAUGACCACUUUUGCUACGCAGGCUGCUUCUACGGUCGAGAAUCUGAUCAAGGAAAUCCUAGAGCCUGCUCAAAAAGCUGAAAAUGAGCCUCACACUUGAUGUAUCAUAAUUCCUCACCUCCCCACCGAUGGUACCCUUGAAAACAUAUCGUCUGCCCACUCUGCACUCGAUCAAAGCUGGCUUAAUGUGUUUGGGCAUCUCGAUGAGCAGCAAAUGACAUUUGAUGACGCAAAAGCCAAGUACAUCCCUAGA